AUGGCCCCGGCGUCUCGCAUCGCCGCGUACCUCGCACAUAGCGCUAGCACCAUUGCGCCGCCGCACCUCCGAUCGCUCCCCUCGCUCUCGGCCACCCUCACGCGUCCGGCUGCCUGUGGUCUGCACGCAGCCAGCGCCUUUGGUCCAGCACGCUCCACCUCGGCCACUCGCUCCCACUCAACUGCUCCGCACGCCUCGCUCCGCGCAUCAGCGGUGCUGGAAACGGCAUCGACGCCAAAAACUGCCGCACACGCAAGCUGCCGGCCGCGCACUACAGCUCCCUCCACCCUCGGUGCCCUCGUCGUAUUUGGCGGGACAUCGCCCUCGCUCAGAGAUCACCAUCAUGCACUCCAUUGGCGGCCGGAUCUGCACCGCCUCUGCCAGCGCAACUAUGCCACCACCCCCUCCGGCGUCAAGACGACCAUCCCCAGCACCGCCAGGCCCGCCCUAGAGGACAGCCGCCACCUCGAGCGCCGCCUCGACCACACAAAGGACGAGGGCUACCUCGCCUUCACCAAGGCCAGCCUCUUCAAGCUCACACUGCCACUGCAGCCCCCAUCUGACGACCCAGAUUCGCCCGCAUCCAAGCUCAGCUCGCCAAAGGCCCGCGCAGAGGCCGAAGAGGAGCAGCGCAGCAUCGACCGCGACCGACAGCCAGGGUACCGCGAGGCCAAGGAGCAAGACGACCACCGCGACAGCAGCAAGGAGGUCAUCUCGCAGAAGCCCUGGGAGCAGGCGGCCGAGACGCCCGGCCCGCCCGUGUCGCAGCUCAAGCACCGCCCGCACCAGCACCUCCACGGCCCAGAGCAGGGCGAGCCCGCCGACAAUGAGGCCGAAGAGUACGACGCAGAGGCGCCCGCCCACAGCGUCGUCUUUCUCCUCCACAGCGGCCAGCCGCUCAGCUACAUUGCCAGCCUCAUCCGCGCAGAGGGACCCAGCCCGGAGCCCAGCCAGUGGCAGACCGACGCAGAGAGGCGGCAAAAGACCGACUCGAGCGACCCGAGCUCCCAGCUGGCUCCCAGCCCGCAGCCGGCGGCUGGCUCGGGCGCCGAUGCGCGCACCACCUUUUCCCGCCACCAGAUCGAGCGGCGCCAGGCGGCGCUGCGCGAGGGCUUCGUCGACCCGCUGGGCGACCCGCCCAUCUCGUUCCAUACGCGCGCCGCCGACGGCAAGCGCUGGUCGCCCUCGACGGGCAUCGGCGACUUUCUGCGCGACGCUGCGCGCAUCGGCUCGUUCAUCAUCCGCAUCGGCGGGCGCAACAUCACCGUCCAGGUGCCGUCGUUUGAGGACCGCACCCGCUUCCUGCGCGCCAACCUGUACGCCAAGACCCACCAGAUCGAGAAGCUGGUCAAAAUCAAGGACGAGUGCGACCACAUUGCCCACGCCGGCACCCGCCGCUUCGCCAUCGGCGGCGUCGGCAUCCUCGCCGUGUGGUGGACCAGCGUGGCCUGGCUGACGUUCUACACCGAGCUCGGCUGGGACACCAUGGAGCCCGUCACCUACCUCACGGGCCUUGGCACCCUCAUGGGCGGCUACGUGUGGUUCCUGGUGCACAACCGCGAGGUGUCGUACCGGGCCGUGCUCAACGAGACGACGUCGCGUAGGCAGCAGAAGCUCUACAUUGACCGCGGCUUCAACGUCGACCGCUACCAGGACCUGAUCGAGGACGUCAAGGAGCUGCGCAGGUCGAUCAAGAAGGUGGCCGAGGAGUACGACCUCGAGUGGGACCAGGGCGAGACGAGGUCCGGCCAGCAGAGCAGGCGCGCGCUCAAGAUCAUCCGGCAGCAGGAGGCCAGCGAGGACCGACCCAGCCGGACCAAGAAGGCCGAGGACGAGGAGGACGACCACGAGGCCGAGUUUGAGGACAAGGACGGCGACGGGCAGCCGGACCGCAUGCGCACAAAGACCAAGAAGAUGGGCAAGCGGCCACAGAAGAAGAACGCCAACGCCCCCAUCGACGGACCUCGAGCACCGUCGCCCGUAGUAGUCCGUCGCUUCAGCGCCAGUGCGGCAGCGCGGACGCCGCCAAAGACACCCGCCCCUAUCGACCCGGCGACCGAUGCAGCCACCACCACGCCUCCCGCCUCAUCGAAGCCACCGCGGAAGCCGUUCAGCCUGCGGCCGUACAUCCUCCUGAGCCGGCUGGACAAGCCGAUUGGGACAUGGCUGCUCUUCUGGCCGUGCGCGUGGUCCAUCACUCUGGCGGCGCACACGCUCGGUCUGCCGCUGUCGACGCCCGUCUUCUACACGCUGCUGUUCGGCGUGGGCGCGGUCGUGAUGCGCGGUGCGGGCUGCACCAUCAACGACAUGUGGGACGUCAAGAUGGACCGGCAGGUGGAGCGGACGCGCUCGCGCCCGCUGGCGGCGGGCGACCUGACGCAGUUUGAGGCGCUGUGCUUCCUCGGCGUGCAGCUGAGCGCCGGGCUGGCGGUGCUGCUCCAGCUCAACUGGUACAGCAUCCUGCUGGGCGCCUCGUCGCUCUCGGUCGUGACAGUCUACCCGCUCAUGAAGCGAAUCACCUACUGGCCCCAACUCGUACUCGGCCUCGCCUUCAACUGGGGCGCCAUGCUCGGCUGGUCAGCCCUGGCCGGCUCGGCGGUCCAGUGGGCCGUCGUGCUGCCGCUGUACGCCGGCAGCGUCUUCUGGACGCUCGUCUACGACACCAUCUACGCCCACCAGGACAAGCGCGACGACGUCCACGCCGGCGUCAAGUCGACGGCCCUCCUGUUCGGAGAGCGAACCAAGCCCGUCCUCUCGGCCUUUUCGACGGCGACGAUUGGGCUUUUUGGCUACGCCGCCUCGCAGGCCGUGCCGCCGGCCAUCACCUCUACAGCAGCAGCAGCAGCAGCAACGACGGCGACCGAGGCAGCAACUCGGGCCCCGACGGCGCUUUCGACGCUUUCCGACGUGCACCUCUCCCCCUCGACCGUCGAGCAGAUCGGAGCGCUGGCGCCGUUGGUCGAGCACCACCCGCUCUUCCUCGUCGGCCUGGCGGGCGCGGCGUCGCACCUCGCCUGGCAGAUCCGCACCGUCCGCCUCGACGACCGGCCCGACUGCUGGAGCAAGUUCGUCUCGAACACGACGUUUGGUUGGAUCGUCUUUGGCGGGUUGGCGGGCGACUAUGCGCUGUGGCUUUAUGCCAAGGGGCGGCGGGAGGAGGAGGAGCAGGGGCAGGGCGAGGGCGUGGGCGUGGAACGGGGUGCGCGGGACUGA